AUGGACAUCGUUUUUGGCAGGAAGAAAGGACGGCCCCGUCAGUCCUCGGUUACAGGUCGUGAUCUCUCCGAGCAUUCUAUUCCCUAUGACAAGCUUGCUCCUGCCUCUCUGGUCCCAAUGCCCGUCGGAACAGUGUCGCAAGGUUUGCGGGGUACACCUUCAAAUCCGGUUAUUUCAGCUCCCCUCACAAACCCCACUCUGACUCACAAUGGGACUGAGAUGAAUUACAGUCACUUCACUGCUUACCAGCGCAGCAGACUUGAACGAGAUCGGGCCAACAUUUCUCGUCCUGAUUCUAGUGUUAGUGCAGCAGACUCUUCCACCCUUUACAAUGAUUCUGUGGCUUCGUUCACCACCGGAAAGCGACCCAAGACUCCUACCCAUAAACUUCGCAGAAGUGAAGCAUCUGGUUCAUCCGGCAGACGUAGUCCAAAUGGUACUGAUUUUGGCUCAAUUCCUCUCCCAUCUUCACCGGCCGCAUCUCACUCUUCUCUUCGACCUGGCUCCUCUAUGCCUUUUUCGUCGGAAGCCGAGCGCACUUCUCGCUUCUCGAGUUCCGAUACUCACUCCAGCCAUCUAUCGCAUUUCUUCCAUAAACCUCAUUCGAACCAGGAGGAAUUCGUCUUUCCCCGGCCAGAAAGAGACGAGGAGAUUGAAGUUCUCUUUGAACACGUAUCAGCGACUCGCGACCUCCCUACGGUGCACACCCUCACCAUUGAACAGAAAUGGCAGUUGGUAUAUGGUGCAGAACAAUUACGAUGGCAGGAGGAAAAGACUCGAGAGGAACAGGCUCGGAAGCAGGGUGAUUCAAGUGCAGCAGGCUCUCUUGGCGAGGGAACACCAGACUGGUAUAUCAGGAAGUUCCUCGACAAUACCAUCACUGCGAAACAGGCCUCAAGUGUCUGGGUAUCUUUGAAGAGUCAUGAAACGAGUUGGCUUGAACGCUUCAUUGAGCUGCAGGGCGCAUCUGUAUUGGCGCAGGCGCUGAUGCACAUAAGUCGUAAGGCUUCUCAUAGGCUCCCAUCUGACACCCACCUCGAGGGUGAGAUCGCCAAGUGUUUGAAGAUUAUCUUCAACAGCGCCUCCAGAGUGCGCGACGCUAUAAAAUUGAAUGGUGUUGUCACUCAAAUCGCGUCUUCUCUCAAUUCACCUCAUCUGCCAAAUCGCAAAGUGAUUUGCGAAGUUCUCCUAUCUAUCAUCUACAACGGUACAGACCCUCUUUCAUUAGUAUUUCCAGCUUUAGAAGCCGUUAGUGGUGCCAACGGCGAGACACACGGAUAUUAUGACUAUUGGUUCAGGUCCCUUGAGAGCGCCCUGCUGGGCAGGGGUAAGAUGGGAAGUCUGGUCGGAGCUAGCGAGGAAGUUCGCAAAGGCGCUGGACAUGACAAUUCCCUCGCAGAUUAUGCAUCAACCAAUCUUUUCGUGAUUGUUCAUAUCAUAGACGCCAUAGAAGACUUGGACGUACGGUUGCACCAUCGGUCGUUAAUGGACUCUGCUGGUCUUCAGCGUAUCAUUGCUCUAUGUCACGAGAUUGGUACUGAGCCUAUGGAAGCACAGCUCGCAGAACUGCAAGCCAUACUAGAAGAAGACGAGCAACGACUGCGGGAGCGGUAUGACCAGAAAAUACUUCGCGACCUCAAUAGCGCUGAAGACAUUUGGAAUGCCCUUCGUCACAAAACGGAGAGCACAGGUGCCAAGGAGUACUUCCUCUCUAUGAUGCGGCAUCUACUACUCAUUCGGGAGGAAGGUCCUGAUAUGAUGCGCCUCUAUCAGUUGUUGGACUCACUCGUCACCGAUGUGGUUAUGGACGGGAAACUUGCCACCGCUGAGAAGAGACUUGGGCACACCGUUCAACGGAUUAUUGGUCAGUUAAAUGAUGCUGAACGAUAUCAGGAUGCCAUUCAAGAGGCUGCCGAAGCUCGUUCCCAGGCCCUGCGUUUGAAGCUUGAGAAGGAGGCCCUUGAAGAGGAGAUGUCACAAGGGUCAGAUGGUCUUGUUGGUCACCUCAAGGCACAGGUCGCUCUCCUCGAACAGAAGCUUGGUUCUCACCGGGAAACUACGAAGCGUCUCCAAGGACAACUUGAGACGCAGAAAGUUGGGUAUGAGGAACAAAUCGCUCAACUGGAAGCUCAAAUCUUGGAACUGUUCAGAAUGAUAAGGGAGGUUGGCAAGGGUUACGAGAAAAUCCUCGACUCUAGUUCUGGGACUAUGGAUCGGAAGACCCUAAUAGAGACCCUGAACAAGCAUCUCGAACGAACCAAAACCAUCAGCAUCCUUGAGGGGCAUGGCAAGAAAACUCAAGAUAACAGGCAGGGGAGUGGUGAAAACGACCAAUCGGAUGACGACGCCACUCCUCGGAAGUCUGAUGUCCAACGGGGUGCUAAUGGUUCAAGAGGCCGAUCGCAACAUUCUAAAGCUGCCCGGAUAUCUGGAAUCCUUAACGGCCAUGAGUCGCAAUUCAUGGAUGCUGACGAGGCGGAUGAACGGGCACAAAUUAGCCAUCAACUCUUAUCGCCCGAAGAUGGUGCCGUCGCUAGUCCUCGGAGUAUUAAUCGCUCACCCAGGCGUACAAACCGUAUGAUACUAGGCGAUGACACACCAUCACUAUCCCGUUCACAUCGUGCCAACAAUCUUCUCGCGCCUCGGUACGACAACGCACUUGAUUACAGUGAUUACGAAUCGUCAUUACGCGAAGAGCAUGAUGCGGAGAGCGAAUUCGAUCAAUCCACACGCAGUGGAUUCACAGCUUUGACCGAUGAUACCCAACCCACCUCUGUUAGCUCGGACGGCUCUUCAGAAGCGUCUCGUGGACCCACUGCUGUAUCUUUCACUGAACAGCUUGCUAGAAAACUGCAAUCCCGGGGUCGAACACUACCUGUUUCGGAGGGUAGUCCAACGCCAUCUCCGCUUGCCUCCCUCGCUGAGGAAUCUGACAUUACAACACCUCCACCCCCUCCGCCGCCCCCUCCGCUACCGCAACCGCCGCCAGUACCACCGAAAGAUGAUGAAUCAAUCCCAUCAGCUCCUCCUCUGCCACCACCACCACCACCACCACCUCCGCCGCCGCCACCACCCCCACCCCCUGGAUAUCUUCCUCCUCUUCCAACUUUUUCUAGUGCUCCGCCCCCGCCACCACCGCCCCCGCCACCCUCUUUCCUGAAGGGUGCUAGUUCUAUCCCAAGUUCUGCAUCUAGUUCAGCUCGAGCAUCCAUGUUCCUCAGUGCAAAUCUCAAUGUCCUACUUUCUGCUCGCAAAGAUAUGCCAUUUACGCCUAGUGCCAAGAUGAAGCAAUUGCAGUGGGACAAGCUUCCGCAACAACAAGUCGGCAAGACACUUUGGAAAGACGAAGAACCUGAGAAAGAGAAAGAAAUGCUUGCUAAAUUACAAUCUGACGGGGUGUGGAUGGAAAUGGAGGAGGACUUCAAAGCCAAGCAGUUGAUGAUCAACCUCAUGGCUCGACAGAGGCAAGCCGAGUUGAAGAGUGUCCUUGACCCGCAGACGAAGAAACGAGUUGAGAUACUUAUCCAGCGGGUGAAGAGGAUGGAACCUGAGGAAAUUGCACGCCGCAUACAGCAAUUCGACCAGGAGAUGUGCUCCGAAAACUUCUUGAGCGAACUCAAAGGCGUCCUUCCCACCCCAGAACAGAUUGGCAAACUCAAUGUAUACCGUAACGCUGAGCCUGAGGAACUGGCUGGAUUACACCCUUCCGACCGUCUCAUGGUCAAACUCAUACAGAUUGACCGUCUUGGUCCCCGCAUAGAGGGUAUGCUUUACAAGUGCAAGUUCGAGGAACAGCGGCUGCUUCUGGAUGACGGCGCAAGGAAGGUAGGCGAAGCAGGAGAUGCUUUACUGCAUGCCAAGCACUUCAAGGAAGUUCUGAAUCUCAUACUCAUGAUUGGCAACUACAUGAAUGGCACAGGGAUUAAGGGAGGCGCCUUUGGUUUCAGAGUGAGCAGUAUUAACAAGCUUGUUGACACUAAAUCUGUCAACAAUACCACACUACUCCACUUCCUUGAGCGGACAAUUCAUAAACAUUUUCCAAGCAUGGAAGAGUUUUUAGACGAGCUCGCCAAACCCGCAGAGGCCUACCGAGUGAAUACUCAGGAUAUCCGAAAGGAUCUCGCCGAACUUCGCGAUGGUUUGAAACGUAUUCGCCAAGAAUUGAAUGACUAUCACACCGACUUAACACAAAAUGACGGGUUCAGCAACCAGAUGUGGACCUUUGUCGGAAAGGCAACGUCGAAGCUAGAAUAUCUCGUCGAUGAUGUAAAUCACGCGGAAACCACUUUCACGGAAGUGGUCAAGUAUUAUGGUGAGGAUGAAAAGAACAUUACAUCACCGGAGUUCUUUGCGGUUUUCAAAACCUUCGUCACUUCUUACAAGAAAUGUAAGAUGGAGAACCAAACCGCUGCUGAGGAGAAAGCUGCGGUUGAGAAACGGAAGCAAGCUAUGGCAGAGACUAGGCAAUUGCGCCAGAAUGCCAAGGAUGCUAGCAUACGAGAGGAAGAUGAGUCGGUUCUGGACAAUCUACUGGAGAAGUUGCGCAAUGGAGACACGGUUACACGUCGCGCAAGAAGGGCUCGUCUGAAACCGGACACUAGACCUCUCGUGCUUCCACUUGACACUACCGUUGACGUCGCGCGAGAUAUGCUGGCUGCUCUCAAAGCCGAUGGCUUCGGGACGUUGUCACCUACUGUCCCCUCUGCGCCACGACGGCGGACGCGGAGAAGGACUGACCUUGGUGGUGCUGACUCACAAUCUGCCCUGUCUCCUACAGUAAGCUUACCAGAUCUACCCAGCCCAGACAUAACAGCGGACUCGAAUUUUUCGGACGUGCCAUAAUUCCCCCAUCCGCCUUCGUUAGAUGUUUCUUUAUCUGUAUCGUAUCUCUUUGCAUUUAAUAGUCUUGCUCGCCACACCUAACU